GCAGAUUCGUGCCAAGUGCGGGAUGUUGGCUUUGUUGCGCACGCAGCGCAGCCCCCGUGUGCAUAGCCUGGAGGGCGACAGUGUGAGAGACGGCCACAGCCGCCCCAGUGGUGUGGAUGAGGCGUGCUACAUCCAGCUGCCGAGAGUCGACGAGGGUGACGCUGCCGGACAGCAGGCCAUCCACCACACACAGACGGGCCAUCCCAAGGUCACCCUGCAAUGCCCGUUUUGCACCUCUGCACACACACUGACCAGCGGCUGCCUCUGACGAGUGGUGUCUGUGUCUGUCUGUCCACUGCAGAUGGCGUCGGCCUCGAGUGAGCACAUUCCUCUGCUGCUGGACGAUGGCCAAGGGCUGAUGGAGCCCCAGCUGCCCGACGUCACCGAUGACAUCACCAAGGCACCGAGACGCUUCGAGCAGGUGGGCUGGUGUCACUCGACUCUGAUGAGUCUAUUGGACGUCUGUGUGUCAUCUGCAGGUCCCCUUGGUGGGCGCCCCGGCCGCCGACGAUUGGAAACCGACAGAUGCCCUGAGAAACAGCAUCAAGAAGGCCAUCAAUGAGUCAGAUGCGGAGGGCCUGCGGAAAUCCCUCGCUGGUCUGUCGCCUGAGCAAGCCGAGAAAGCCCUGACGACUGGAGAAUGGAACCCAUUCGUGCCAAGCACAGGCUCUGCCAUCCAUUAUGCCAUACGUAUGCCUUGUCGCAUCACUGCACAGACAUGAUGCGGAAACGCAUGCCCUGUGUGUGCUCCUCAGAUGUGAAGUGUAAGGAUGUGAAGGUCUUUGAGGUGUUGCUGCACAACCGACGCCAACUGCUCAACCUGAAAUCUGGGGUAUCAUGCUGGGAUGCUCAUUGGUGACGUCUUCACUGUUGCCUUCGAUGAUUCAGUAUGGCAAUUCGCCUCUUCAAUUGGCAGCAAUGAGCGGGUCAGUCGGUGUUGUGGAGAAACUUGUCGAGUUGGGUGGAAAGGAAUUGCUGGAAGCUCGCGACGAGGUAAGGAAAGUGGUGGCUGAAACAGCGUGUGUCUUGUUCAUGCUCUGAUUCAGAAUGGGGAGACGCCCCUUCAUUGGGCCGCAUGUCAGUCACUCCUGCAAAUGGCGGCCACACAAGUACAUGAGUCCUUAACGUGUCUCUUUGCCCUCUCCUGCAGUAAAGGGCAAUGUCGCUGUGGUGAAGUGGAUGCUGAAGGUGAACCCGCAGCUGCUGAAGACCAAAGCCAACGUAGGCUGCACUGCACGCAUCGAACCAUGUGCUCUAAUGUCCAUCCUCAUGACUCUGACAGCAUGAAAAGACGCCUCUCGACCGUGCCCUCGAGCCUUUUGAUUCUGAAUACGAAACAAGAGAACCGAAAGUCGUCGCUGCGAUGCUUGCCGUGGCUGGAGGUGUGGUCAUCGAGCUGCUCGAGACAGAUAAGGAGCGUCUCAACAAGAUGUUGCAGCCAGAGGUUUUUCCCACAGCCGCUCCCUUUGUGGGUCGCGGCAUUGGAGAGCGCCGGAGACAAUCCGAUUCGCUGGCCGUCGACAGUCUCCGCUGGUGCUCUACCUUCCGUGGACUGAUUAAGACCCGACAGAAAGACUCCCUCACAGAGUGAGCUUGAACAGCGGACCAGAGCACGGCAACGCGGUGACUUUGAGAAGACAGCAGGCUGGAUGGAAGUAGACAAUCCCUAACACACACACGGCAUCUUCAACUUGUGCAUCUAAUUAUUGAAUCGGUUCAGGCGCUCACAGCCAACUUCUGCAGCGAUACCAUGUCCCAGGACUUUAAACAGUCACUUCAGGGCAGAACGAGAGAGUGGUUUGCGCUGCUUUACUGUCGUCACUCAAGGUAAAACGCACAAGAGAUUUGCGCCUCUCCUGCUGUUGCUGUCUGCCGUUGAUGUCUUCUCCUGCUGUUGCGAGUGAUUGCAAAAGCCAACUGCAUCUCCCUCGUCGAACACUAUUGGCAACCACCACGUGAUGGAGAGCCGAAAAUUCAGCUGUCGCCCCGCGAUGUCUUCAUAACCCGCGUGCUGUCAAUGCUGCUCAUGUGAGACGGCAGCUAUGGACCACGACGAAGGCAGAGAGACAUCGUGUCUCUAUCUGUAUGUUGCAGGGUCGCCUUUGUGAUGCUCCACAUCGAAUCGAUCAAGGGAGACAGCGGCGUGAUGAUGACGUGGGGGUGGCCGUCGGUGUGGCCGUCGAUGUGGCUGUGGGGAGCAGUUCUGACGGGCUGCGGCUUUAUCCUUCUGGAGGUCUUCCAGGUAAGAAAGACGAGGGGAUACACGCCUGACUGAUCAACAACAGAUCAAAAACGACAUGUGUCCUCGUCUGUGUGCGUGUGCAGGGCAUCCGGCUGAAGGCAGCGUACUGGGAGGACUCAUGGUAUGCGUCAUGCUUCGUCCUGCCAGAUUCAUCCCUGUGCUGUCGGUGUGUGUUGACGUGCAUUAAUUUAGGAACAUCAUAGAUACUUCGGGCGCCGUGUCGAUCGCUGUCUUCACUGCCAUUCACUUCAUUGGCUGGUCCUCAGAAGCAGAGGUCGGCUCAGCAAUUCUGGUCGCUCUGCUCUUUGCGCUGCGCCUCCUCCAAACCGCCAGCCUGCACCCAAUUGUUGGACCUCUCAUACUGUCAGCGAGAGAGACAGCGACAGACACACACAGACACACAGAGAGGUGUCUUAUGCUGUGUGUGACGGGUGUGUGUCAGAGCGGUGAUGAGGAUGUUUUCGGACAUCAGCAUGUUUCUGUGUCUGUACGUCUACAUCCUGCUGGUCUUCGCGGGCGUCUUCACCGUCCUCUCGUCCGACGAGGACCACCAGGACUUCGGCUCCUUCCCCAAAGCCACACUCACUCUGUGCGCAUGGGACCUCAUGAGAAGACACAGAGGAAAGAGACACCUGCCCCUCUCCGUUUCGUUGUGUUGUGCAGUUUCUAUGCCGGACAGGGCGACUUUAGUGACGCGCUGACCAACGCCAUAGAGAGCCACGACACGCUGGGCACCAUCCUGCUCUUCACUUACGUCAUCCUCUCGUCCAUCAUACUCGUACGUCGGCACCACUCGCCCAGUCACCAACACACAAGAAGACCCUCCCUUUCUUGUCUGUCUGCCGGUGUGCAUCAACAGCUCAACCUCCUCAUUGCCAUCAUGGUGAGACAGACGAGAGACACACACAGACGAGACAUUAAACGGGCCACGAAAUUGUUCAAUGCUCCUGUAUGCGUGUCUGUCUGUCUGUCUGUGGCAGGCGUCGACGUAUGCGGCCAUCGAGGAGACACAGACAGCACAAUACCAGUAAGUCAAGAGGAAACAGAUAGGUGACAGCAAGGGACGCCAACGAUACAUUUGCCAAUGAGUGCAGGCUGCUGCGUAUUCGCGUGUUGAACGAGUACCUCACAAUGCCUCGCCACGAGCGCCUUCCGCCGCCAUUCAACCUCAUCGGUAGGUGCCACAAGAGACAUGAGCUGCAUCUUCAAUCGCAUGUGGGCAUCUGUGUCUGUGCAGCUUUGGUCGUGUCGGUGCCCUUGCGGCAUCUCGCCUCCCACAUCAGUGGACAACGGCGACGGCAGUCGGCACUCUGCUGCAUUGUCUACUGGUUGAUGAAGGCCGUCUACAGCACCGUCGAUGCGCUCCUGUACUCUGUCGCCUUCACACCCGUGGCCAUCUACGGAGUGCUGGGGCUACUCCAACGACAGAUACGCGAGGGAAAGUAUCGGGCGGUACUGACCAUAAUCGUUGGCAUCCUUGUGAUGCCCGUUAAUCUUCUGUGCGCAUACGCCCAGCAUGUGAGGGUGAAAAGACACGUGAGAUGAGACAAGCAAUGACCACGCCUCACUUCUUUGGCGUGGUCGGGUAGGAAUCGCUGUUCACUUCUGACGCCACCGAAACUGAAAAUUCGUGGAUGGCUCAUGAGAGGCGCGAAGCGCGGGACAAAAUCAAGGACAGCAUCGACAAGUGGAUUGAGGCGGCAGAUCAUCAUGACUCUAACUCCCCUGACGUCAUGGCAGGUGAGACACGGACGAAGCCACGGCCACACAGGCAAACAGACAGCACAUCGCAGGAGUGAAGAGGCUGUGUUUUAUUUGUCCUCGCCUUAACUUAUUUUUCUUUUUCUCUCGACGGUCCCAGUUGUGCAACAAAUCGACAAUCGACUCACGGAGAUUGACAGACGACAAGACGCCCGGCACACGCAGAUGGAGAAGCGACUGACGGAAAUGAAGACAUACAUCAGGGCGAGGAUCAAAUAGGCGGCGUGGGACAGCAACUGACUGCAAGGCCUCAGCUCUGCGUGGCUCCUGCCAGUGCAGUGGCUCCUGCCAGUGCAGUGGCUCCUGCUUGAAUGAAACAGGAUCGACUGCACGGCCUCUAGAUGAAAAAGAUACACCAAUCGUGAUGGAUAUUCCGUGCAGACAUCAAUUGCCGGCGUGCCUCAAUCCGUGUGACAGCUGCCUUCGAUUACGUGUGACAAUUACGUGUGACACGUACAGUCGCUAUCAG